AUGGAGUUUGAAGAUGUGACUAUAGCAUUUAGAAUGAUGAUUGACCAAUUUAUGGAUGUGAGAAACAAUACCACAGUCUUUGUAAAUGUUGGAAAUCAGCUCUCCGAUUGUGAAUUGCGGCCUACUGAGUAUGCUGAUUGGGAACAGAAAAUGGACAAAGCAGAUGAACAGAUCGAAAGAAGUAAAACGCAACACAGAGUUUUACAGGACGACUACUUACAAGAAGUAGCUGAAAGUCUUUUGAACGACUGGUGGCGAACUGUUUUAAUUCUAAGCAUUCCAUAUCAUGAUAUAAAAGCUAUCGAGAACAGGUUAAAACAACACGUCGAAAGACAAGCAUUUGAGGGACUUAUUCUUUGGAAAAAGAAGAGGUUGCUAGAGAAGUUGGACGAAAAUGCCAUGAUAGAUGAGUUGAUAAAUGCCCUAAAAAAAGUUAAAAGAGAAGAUCUUGUAUUCACGAUAUCAACGGAUAGAGAUGCUGCAUCGAAAAUGACACUGAAUCGUAGCAUGUCAUCAUCUGCUAUUGUUCAUGGUGUAUUUACUGAUAAGUAUUUGUACAGAAUAGCAUUACAGAUAUCAACCGAUUUGAGUGCUAUAUUUCUUAAUCUGGGAAUAAAUCAAGCUCAGUUGGAUGCCAUUAACUAUAGUCACCGAACUGAUAUCAAUAGACAGGCGUUGGAAGCACUCAUCAAAUGGAGGGACCAGACUGAUAGGAAAACAAAUGACUCGGAAACUGAAGUGUCAGAAAAAGACUCCGGCGGGGUAAAUUCCGAUGAAGUAAUUCAACAGACGCAGCAGGCACCCAAUGCAUUGAAUGUUAAACAUACAGAUGAAGCAUCUUCAGGUCACAAUACGAAAACAAUCGAUAAAAAGAAGCACCCAUCUAUUCCAUCAGUAAAAAAACUUACAUCUUUCUUCGAAAAGAAAAUCAGUGAAAUUGAACAUGCAUCGAAUAGCACUUUUGCUACAAAACAAAGUAUAAAGGGAGCUGUAAAACUGAAAUCUUGUCAAAAUGAACUGAAAAGAAAUUCAUUACCAAAUGAAGGAACAGCUAACCAAGAGAAAGAGCGAACUGUUCAUCCAGAAGAAAGUGAUCCUUUGGGUGGUCCUAAUGGCAGUCCAACACAUGAAGAUAAAAGUACAUUAUUACACAGAUUAGGUUUAGAGAAGUUUUAUCCAGAAAAAUUGACACUUGAGGAUGUGGUUGGCAUACACAAUAUAUCAGACAAUGUUAGUUAUAAAGACGUUCCUUUUAUUUUUCUAAGGAAUAUUAUGAUGGUUAACUAUAAUGGUAGAGAUAUUUUGAUUGAAAAGGUAUUGGAUCAACUAUCAAAUUCUCAAUCGAGGGGUGGUGAUUGGAAUGUGCUUGAUGUAAAUAAUGAACUUCAAUCCAAUACCUGUGAACAAAACUUCAGUCUUAAUCCUUUAGAUUUAGUUGUUUCUGUAUGGCUAUGUAGUUCAUCAGAAUUAAGACAAGCACUAGCGAGCAAACUUUUUAUGUGUCGUUUAGCAGUACCAUUAGCCUUGCCAUCAGAUCCAGGGUGUUUGCCUAUUUUUAAUUUGUGGCCUCUAAGAUCAAUUAUUUUAGAACAAAAGGUUGAAAAUACUUACUUACAAAGUAACCCACUGAAUUGUCCAGUUCAUGUUGUAACCUGUGUUAGAUUAGGAAAAAUAUGUAUUUCAAAAUCUGUAUUGAUGAAUCGGCUUCUUUGUGACAAAGCUCACAGUUCCUUCUUUAAUAAAGAUUGCAACCUUGGAUCAACGAAACGGACAAUUAGUGAAGGACUUAUAGAAAUUGCGUGGCAAUUACCCACAGAAAAAGAACAACACAUCACAAUGUUCACAAAUUUGCGCGGCGAUUCUUAUCAUCUUGAGAACGAAUUCAACGCUCUGUCCCAACUAUCAUCGAUAGUAAUCUUGAUGUUGAACAUACAAUCUUUUGAUAACCCGGAAACAAGACGACGUAUAAUGGCAUUGCACCAAUAUGAUUUGAGUGUUGUGUUAGCCGUAGAUGCCCAUACUGAAAAGGAGUCUAAUGCACAGCAAAUAUGUCAAAACUAUAUCAAAGAAUUAGGGACAUACGGUUCUAAAAUCAGAAUUUGCAAGGUAGCAUUUAAUAAGGGGAUUCGGGGAUUUGCAGGUAUAAAAAAAGAUAUCAUGAGAGAAAUAAAUAGCACAUUGAACAACAAGAAGGGGGUUAGUUUGAGCAAGAGAUUAACUUUAAGAAAACAUUGUUUAUUCAACACCGACGAAGAGAAUAAAGACUUCACCGAAGCCAAAGAAAGAGUCAAAGGAGUUAUGCUUCUCAUUAAAAAUCACCAUGUCAAUGUUAAGAAUAACGUUGUGCCAUUGCAAGGUCAACCAUGGAAAGAAUUAAGUAGACUUUUAAAGACAAAAGAACGACUUUUCAAUAUUACAACAUCUGUUCAGAAAGAUAUAUUUAAUACAGAAGAAGGAGAAGGUAAGGCGUUUGAAACGUACUAUGCAAUUAAAAACGAGAUGUCAAAGCAUCGGAAAGAGCAACUUGAAAUGUAUAAAGAGAAGGGAGAAAUAUUGAGAUAUUUUAUUGACAGCUAUUGUGAUUGUAAAUCAGAUAAAGAUCGAAUGCUGUUUACAAACUUUUUAAAAAUGGAUAUUGACGAUAUAUCAAGAACUGUUUUCUCUGGAGUUGUGAGCUUGAAUAAAAAAACAUUGGAACAAUUUAAAAGGAUUCAUGACGUAGAUGAAAAUAUUGUUGACCCUGUUCUAACAGAAAAAGAAACAGUCGAGAUGAAUUUUGUAGAAGCGUCACUGGGUUUCGAACAUCUUUUGCGAGAAUGUGGUCAAUUGUAUGAGGCAUUAAGAGCAAAAGAGGAUUUUGAAGACAAUGAUGUGGCUAUGUGUGACAAACUUACUCAAAUGGCAGUUGAAUUGCUUUUGAUGGGAAAUCCAAUUGAACUAAUGGACGGCGAUAUAGCAAAUGUACCUAUGCAGUGGAUUAAAGCAGUGAUGAGCAAAUUGAAACAAAAGAUUGGUGACAAAAAACUAUUGAAUUUAUCUGUAUUGGGAAUUCAAAGUUCCGGUAAAUCAACAUUACUAAAUACAAUGUUUGGAUCCAAAUUUGCAGUAAGUGCAGGUAGAUGUACCAGAGGGGUUUAUAUGCAGCUGCUUCCGGUUAAAAACACAAAUUUCAACUACAUCGCAGUGAUUGACACAGAAGGAUUGCGAGCAAUAGAAUUAAAUCAUCAAAAAUAUGACCACGAUAAUAAACUGGCAACGUUUAUUAUAGGAAUAGCAGAUGCAACAAUCAUUAAUAUCAAGGGUGAAAAUACAACAGAAAUGAAAGACAUUUUACAGAUAGCAGUACAUGCAUUUUUAAGAAUGAAACUUGUCAAUGACAAAUUAAAUUUUAAACAAAGUUGCUUUUUUGUGCACCAAAAUGUACCUGCGUCUGAUGCAAGUAUAAAAAUGGGAGCGGAACGACAAAAGUUAGUAGAGAUACUAGAUGAAAUGAUUAAAGAAGCAGCACGGCAAGAAAAAAUGACAAACAUACAAUAUUUUAACCAAGUUAUAGAAUUUAAUUGUGAAGAAAAUGUAUGGUAUUGUUGUGAUCUUUGGGAAGGAAAUCCCCCAAUGGCACCAACCAAUCCAGGAUAUAGUAAAAAUGCUUCCGACGUAAGAGAUGCAGUUAUCACAAAACUUGCUUCUUCUAGAGACACAUAUCUCACCAUAACGGAUUCUUUUAUUCGCAUUGAGGACAUUUGGUUAGGAAUUUUACGCGAUGACUUCGUCUAUGGCUUUAGAAACAGUCUUGAAUUAAAAGCCUACGAUACCGUAGAAGAAAGAUAUCAAGAAAUUGUACGGGACAUGGCCAAUUUCUUUUAUGAAUAUCUAAUACAAGCAAAAACUGUUAUAGGUGGCAGUACUGCAGUAGAAGUUCUGAAUUACCAAGCUGAACAGGUAAAAAAAGAAUUACGAAAAGAGGCAGAAGAGAAGCUAACAAUUUGCAUAUCGAAUUAUGAGGAAUUUAUUAAGGAAAGUGACUUGAAGGAUGUGAUGUCUCAAUGGAGCAGCACAAGAAAAACCCAACUUAAAUUGAAUAAUGAUUCUUAUAUUACAGAAACAGAAAAAGAGAUUGCAGACCUAAAAGAAGAACAGAAAGAUGAAAUCAAACAGAGUAUAGAAAAAAUUAAAAACGAAAAUGAUAUAAACGAGAGAGCCCGCAAAGUAGCCAUAAAACUACAAGGGAAACAAGCAGACGACGAAACCAUCAUUAAAGAAUUUGAAGAUAUAUGGAGAGAUUUUUUUCAGCAAUUCUCUUCGAGUUUCAAAGAGUUAGAAGAUACGAGUUUUGUUGGAGAAAAAAUACAACUAUUCGUGUGUCAAAUAAAAAACCGAGUAUUAGGUCUUUUCAAAGAACCGUCACAGACUUACAAUUAUGAACGGAUGACUUGCCUCGUUGGCAGCAUGAGUGCCGAUAUAUUUAAAAUCGGCGAACACAUAGUUGUUUUAACUCCCGUAGAUGUUUUAGCUGAUUGUGGAAAGUAUCAAGAGAGCGCUGUUGAUAUCACAAAUAAAAUAUUGCAAAGAAUAGAUAACGAACUUUACAGGAUAACUAGCGAAGACAGGAGGUUUAACGUUAAAUGUGUCUCAGAUAUAAUGAAAAUCAUAGAUGAGAUCAUUGCCGAACAUAAUGCGACAGAAAAAUUAAAACAAUUAAACUUUAAUUUAAUGGAUCCAUACAAUGCCCUCGUAACAACUCAUGUUGUUCGAUAUAUCACUAUUUUUCUGACGCGAAAUGAGAACGAUUACAUUAAGAGACACAGUCUAAGGUGUCGACUUGAAAACUACAAGGAGACAGCAUUAAAAUUAUUUCGAGGAGUCGUCGCUAAGGAGACAGAAGAUAUGAUUGCUGCAAAUUUCUUCCAAAUCGUAUUAGUUGAAAAAGUAACACAACAUGUAUUAGAUUUAAUACCUUUUGAUGUUCACAAAUGUAUGUUAAAAAAGUAUUCUAACCGGAAGUUGUGCGUCAUGAAAGAAGUUAUGAAAGAUCUUGCAAGAAAGAAAGACUUUAACAAUUGCUUCCAUUAUAUAAUGGAUCCUAUUAGUUUUGUUGAAAAAUGGCUCACUGAAAAUAUGUUAGCAACCAUCUUUAAGAAAAAACAAUCAGGUCUGAGUGAAUAUGAGCAAUUUGCUAACAGGUAUAUAAAGAAAAUAUUUGACGAAACAAAGAACAAAACACAAAUGACAACGCAACAAUGCAAAGAUUUUUCCCAAUUAUCAGUAAAUGAAUGGAUUAAACGAUUUUGUACUAAUCUCUCAAGUUCAAAGAUUUUACCAGUAUCGGAAGACUUAUUUGGUCAUGUAACAAAAAGGGAAAAGACUGAUAUCUUUAAUUUUGAAGCUACAGUAAUGAACAAAUUUGAUAAAAUGGAGGAUUUAGUUCGCGAUAAAUUUAGAGAAACAACUUCUCGAAAUGUUAAAUGGAGUAAAAAUCCUAUAUCAGGAGUGAUGAGUGCUUUAUGGGGAUGCAAAGCAAAAUGCCCAUUUUGUUGUGAACCAUGCACAAAUACAAAUCCGAAUCAUUUGAACGAGAAAAUUAGACAUCAGUGCCUACAACAUAGAGUACAAGGUUUAAGCGGGAGACAUUGGGUGACAUCUCAAAAGCUAAUACUUAAGUUUUGCAACACUGGAAUUAUGGAUAAUGACUUUAUUUUUCUUGUUAAAGAAAGUAGAAUGAAAUUCCAGAACUAUCAAGAUUUUUUUCCGGAAUGGUAUAUUGAACCUACAAUGGACACCUCAAAAUACUGGAUUUGGUUACUUUGUCAUUUUAAACAGGAGUUUGAAACAAGACAUGGGUUAGAAUUUGUCGAUAUUCCAGCGAGAUGGACAAAGAUCACAGAAGAUGAAGCCUUAUAUAGUCUUAACGAAACAGACAAUCAAUAUUUCUCCUCAUUUUUUGUGUAA